CUCGUACCUUGGUAGAAAGAAGCCAUCGGUUCUGCAAAACCCUCAAGAUGUUCUAGUCUCAUAAUUUCGGGAGCUAACGUUAACUCCUCAAGUGAAUAAGAAAUAAAAUAAAAAUUGUGUGACAAGAUGCAUAUAUCCUGGACACUAUUAAUCUGGAUCUUGUGUUGUGUGUUUCCUUCGGUCUUGGCCGCAAAAACCGUGGAUAUUCUCUCGACUUCUGCUCUGAAGAGUCUCGAAGACGAAGAAAUCCUGCGAGUCCUCACGCAUAAUAAAUCGGAUGUGUCGGAGAAUUUCACGUUCGUUGAUCUUGUUGAUAAUUUGAGAAAUCAGAGUGCAACGGCUAAUGAUUUUAUUUGGAGUUCUGAGAGUUUGAGUAACAGACAAAAAUCUAAUCUUUAUUACGACAAAUAUAAGCAUCAGGUUGACAAUGAAAUUGAGCAAUUAUUUUCCAUUACUCCGGUGUUUGAUCCGGCCGCGGGUGCCGUCAGUCCCGAGUGCAGGAGGCAGUCUGAGAUAUAUCAUCGAGAGCUCAAGAGAAUGAGCCUCUGGGCAUUGCAGAUGUUUGAUGCCACCGCUAAAAUUCCCUCAGGCCUCCUGAGCGGCAAUAUUAAUCAACUAGGCGAUUUCGACGAAUGUCUGGGUCUCGAAGGUACCGGAGGUAUCCAUGGUCAGUACUGUUUAGCAUAUCUCCAACUCGAAAUAGAUCAUAAUCGAGAUGAUCUCAAGGAGAUCCACCGACUGGUGCAUUCUCACUAUGCCUUUAGGAGUAAUAUAACUGACCCGGGCCACCGAGUGCCAAGAUUCAGUACGGUCCAGUGGGCAGUCUGCACGCCAUCGUCAUGUACCUCUCAGGAUGUUGAAACAUCACUGAGAGCUACAAUCUCAAAGUACACGAGCCAGACUGGAAUCAACGUCACGGUCAAAGUGGACCGGGAAAUGUGUCAAGUUCAGAGGACCGAGCCGCUUCCUACGGAAACUAUCAUCGUUGGGCUUUUCUUCAUCCUUGUCAUUGGAUUGUCUGUCAUAGCCGCAGUGUGCGAUCAUCUGCAAGCUGAUGUCAGCGAAAUUGUUCUUGCCUUCUCCUUGAAGAGGAAUCUACGCAAACUCUUGUCCAUGAAACGUGGAGACGAUGACAUUGCGACUUUGCAUGGCAUCCGGGCGAUUAAUGCUCUUAUGCUCAUUGUUGCUCAUAAGAGUAUGGCGUUGUUCUUCAAUCCUUAUGUCAAUAGAACUGGCAUGGCCGAGUACCUGGGCCGUCCUUGGACCGUGAUAGGACGCGCAGCGAGUCUCUAUACGGAUCCCUUCAUUAUGCUUUCUGGCCUUUUGACUACCUAUUCAUUCGUGGGAAGACUUAGAAAGUCGGGGGAAAUCCACGUGAGGAAGGAAUACUUAUCGAGAUUAUUUAGAUUGGUCCCAACUCUGGGUGCACUCAUUUUAUUCUGCAUGUUUAUUAUGCCAUAUAUUGGAUCUGGACCGCAGUGGAAUCUUGUUGUAACACAUCAUGCAGAUAUUUGUAAGAAAACUUGGUGGAGAAAUUUUCUUUUUAUCCAUAAUUACUUUGGAUUCGAGAACAUGUGUCUCACCCAUACCCAUCACAUUGGAAUCGACACUCAACUAUUCGCCCUCUCCCCAAUAAUGAUCCUAGCUCUCUAUAAAUAUCCAAAAUUCGGUGGUUUAAUUCUCACCGCAAUUGCCCUCUUCUCAACUGGACUUCGUUACUACGUUACGUAUUUCAAACGACUGAAUAAUUACGUGUUCUUCGGCACCUCAAUCCGGCAAUUAUUCGACACAGCCAAUUUAUCGUACAUUCUACCGACUCACAGAUUAACAGUGUACAUAAUAGGUAUUUUCGUUGGAUAUUUUCUGAGAAUAUGCCCCAAGGGCUACAAAAUUAACAAGUCAAUGAUUCAACUGGGCUGGACCUUGACGACACUGAUGGCUCUUGGGGCUUUCUUUGGACCCGCUGGAAUGGGCUCCAUCAAUUAUGUUUAUAAUCCCACUCAUGCAGCUAUGUACAACGCUUUUGCACCCAUUGGAUGGUGUGCCUUGUUCGCCUGGAUUGCCUUUCUCUCGCACACCGGAAAUACCCGGGGAUGGUUCAGUGGACUCUUCGCAUGGAGAGGCUUCAUAAUCUGUACACGAUUGAGCUACGCCAUUUAUCUCACGCAGUUUCCCGUCUUCUUUUUCAACGUUGGAAAGACGAGGAGUGCAGAUCACUACGAGUUCUUCAGAAUGCUGUUCAAUUUCCACGAACUUGGGUGGAUAGUUCUGACGUCAGUGAUUCUCACUCUACUAUUCGAUUCGCCCUUCCAAAAUCUCAAGACUUACCUCCUGAGGAAGCCAGCAACAGUUUCAAAAUCAUUAAAAGCUGAAUAAGCCAAAUCUCCAACUAAAAAUGGUCAAUUAUGACUCUUGUAAAUAGUCUGAUUAUGCUUUUAAAUAUUACGACACUUGAGUCCCUCUACCUUGCCCGUAUUGUGCCACUUUUACGAUUCUGUAUUUAUAGUAUAACUUGUUUAGAUUCCCACAGGAAUUUUUCACAUUUGCCUUUUCAGAGUGACUCUGGCCAAUUGUAAAUAAUUUGUAAUAUGCACAGUGAUUAGCUAGAUUUAAUUUUUUAUGUUAUUUCCACUUUUAUACCAACUAAUUAAGAGUGACAAACAUCUGGGAUAAAAUACAUAAAAACAUUUGUAUACGUA